AUGUCAGAAGAACAUUUACCAAAUAUUCCAAUAUUUUUAUCAGAAGCACAAAACUUGGAGGAAAAGGCAUUAUCAACAAAGUUUCGUCAAAUUAAUGAAGCAGAGAUGGAAAGAAUUCGUCUUUGUAAUGAUACAACUAGCUCAUUUAGUACAGUAACAGCGAAUAGUAAAACUUCAAUGAAAUUUAAUAGAUAUUCGGAUAUUAUACCAUUUGAUCGUAAUCGCGUUAAAUUGCAUACUAAGAGAAAUGAGAAUAAAACGGAUUACAUUAACGCAAGUUACAUUGAAGCACCACAAAAAAUACGUAAAUAUAUAGCAACACAAGGUCCAUUGGAAAAAACUAUUGAGGAUUUUUGGUGCAUGAUUUGGGAACAACGUAGUCAUGUUAUCGUGAUGUUAUCUAAAGAACAUGAAAAGGGUAAAAUUAAAUGUUCCAAAUAUUGGCCUGAAACAAAUAGUAUGCCAUUUUUCUACCCAGAAUCGGGGUUGAAAGUUGAAAUAGAGAGUGAGGAAUUAGAACCGAAUUUUUCUAGUUUAAUUCGCACAUUUCGCUUAGAGUUGAACUCACAAGGGGGUGGUGAAAUGAUAAAUUCUCAAGGUGAUGGUAGUUCCCCACCUCAAUCAGGAGAUAACAUUGAAGUUAGAAAGGUGACACAGUUAUAUUUUGUUGGAUGGCCCGAUCACGGAGUACCAGAUUCACCCGAUAUCAUAUUAAAUUUAAUUAAGAAAACAAAUCAAUUUCAACAACAAUAUCAACAGGAAUCUGGGAACGACGUAGAGAUUGGACCUGCCGUGAUUCAUUGUAGUGCAGGAUGUGGUAGAACCGGCACAUUUUGUACUAUUGACGCUUGUUUGGCCAUGUUACCACAAUUUCCAAGUGACGAUAGUACAGAUUUAAUUGAGUACCUUGUGAAUUUUUUCAGGGAACAACGUAGAACCAUGGUUCAAACCCUUGGACAGUUUCAAUAUUGUUAUUUAGCCGUCCUCAGUAAACUUGUCAUGAAUAAAUAG